AAAAAUUUCAAGAUGUUGGAGUCCGACGCCCUCAGCUGGAGCUUCAUGGCCUGGCUGGCUAGUUCCGGAGCCGAGAUCAGUGCGAAAAUUCAGCUUGCUGAUUUGAAGGAGAAGCAUGCGGGACGGGGAGUGGUUGCUCUGCAAGACGUCCAAGAAGAAGAAUUCCUCUUCCGCAUCCCCCGCUCCCUCAUCCUCUCCGUCGAAAACUCCGACCUCCCUUCCAAAAUCCCGUCCGCCUUUGCCGACCUCGAUCCCUGGCUCUCCCUCAUCCUCGUCAUGCUCUACGAGCUCGAAAAGGGGAAGGAGUCAAAAUGGCAUGCGUAUUUCGACAUCCUGCCCAAAGAAUUCAAUACUCUGAUGUUCUGGGAGCCAGAUGAGCUGGCGCAGCUGCAGGCAAGUGCUGUGGUUGGAAAGAUCGGGAAGGAAGAGGCGGAUAAGGGGUUUGAGGAGAGACUUCUGCCGAUUAUCGCGGAAUAUAAAGAAGUUUUGGGUAUCGACUUUCCGGACAACGAAGCUAAUAAGGCGGUCAUGCUGAAGCAAAUGCACAAGCUAGCUUCCACCAUCAUGGCAUACGCUUUCGACAUCGAACCCACCGACGCUAGAAAGGAAGUCGAUGAAGAGGGCUACAUGUCUGAGGAGGAAGAUGAAGCUUUACCGAAGGGCAUGGUGCCAUUGGCUGAUAUGCUCAAUGCCGACGCAGACAGGAAUAAUGCCCGCCUCUUUUAUGAAGAAAAUUCACUCUCCAUGAAAGCCCUCAAAUCCAUUAAAGCUGGCGAAGAAAUCUUCAACGACUACGGCCCGCUCCCCCGAUCCGACCUCCUCCGCCGCUAUGGCUAUAUCACUGACAACUACGCUAAAUACGAUGUCGCUGAAAUCCCAUUUUACACCGCCUCCGCCGUCAUGGAGAAAGCCGGUGUUCUGGCCGAAGAUCUGAAAUCCAAAUUUGAAUAUCUCGAAUCUCAAGGCGUUGUCGAAGACGGCUACACAAUAUCCACCAGCUCGCCCUUUGACAUCCAGGAAAGCAUCGCUCCAGAGCUCAUCAUCAUGAUCGAAGCUCUACUCCUACCAGACCAUGAAUUCGACCGUAUAGCGGAUCGAGAAAAGCUUCCGAAACCCGAUAAGAUCUCGAUCAAAGGCGCACAGCUACUUAUAGAGAUAAUAACCACUCACAUGAAAGACUAUACGACCACGCUUGAAGAAGACAUUGCUGAGAAGACGGUCGUGCCUUUGACAAGCUCUGAUGUGUCCCGCGAAAGACGUUAUAUGAUGGCCAAGUUGGUCCGGAUUGGCGAAAAGAAGAUAUUGAGAGAUGCUGUGGAGGCGUUGGAUCGUCUAAUCGAACAUCUAGUUGUGCAAAAUAAGGUGGGGAAAAAGCCGGGUCAUGAUUCAGCGGGUCCACCAAAAAAGAGGCAGAGGGUCGAGUGAGUGAACCGAGGAAGCUAAGCGAAACAUCUUAAAACCCUACGACAGGGCUGAGCAAAAUACACAAGAGGCAAAUUAGUCGAGUUAACUGCGCCCUAGGAAUAUCCAACAGUUUUUAUGUGUCGGUAUCCAGGCAUGCACGUCCUUCCAUCCCUUCCACCGUCAAUAUCUUCCUAUUCGUCUUCGAAAAUGUCC